CGUGAGCGGGCGGCGGUUGUUGACAUGCUGCUCUCGCUUGGCGUUUGUUUACGUUCUCUUCGUCGAAAACCUGUUGCGCGUUGUGCUCACUCGCUCUCGCUCUCUUGCUGGUUUCGUCGAUCAACUUGACGCCAUUAUUGCUAUGGCAACGUUUCGGCGUAAACAACCAGAAGCAGCGGGAUAAUGUCAGGUGAAAAUUCGGUUUGAGCGAAAAUUUUAGUGUUUUUGUGAUGGUUGUACUUAUUUAAUGAAGUUGUUUUCAAAAAUUGGACUGCAAGAUGUUCAUCUAUCUUAGUAAAAAGAUUGCUAUUCCGAACAACACCCGACUCAAUUGCAUAGCAUGGAACAAGGAACAGGGCUACGUGGCCGUCGGAGGGGAAGACGGCCUGCUCAAAGUGCUUAAGCUGGAACAGGCUACGGCUACAACAGCGCAGUCCGGAAAGUCUUUGCAACCCUCAAAUCUAUCGAUGAAUCAAACUCUGGAAGGGCACAAAUCAUCCAUUCAUGUCGUAACCUGGAAUGAAUCGCAGCAGAAGCUAACCUCAUCGGACAGGGAUGGGGUCAUCAUGGUUUGGAUGAUGUACAAGGGCUCGUGGUACGAGGAAAUGACCAAUGAUAGAAAGAAGUCCACAGUCAAGGGAAUGGCGUGGACAAGUGAUGGUCAGAAAAUCUGUAUUGUUUACGAUGAUGGAACGGUUAUCGUUGGAUCUGUGGAUGGCAAUCGAAUUUGGGGUAAGGAUCUGAAAAAUGUAUCUCUGACGGGUGUCCAAUGGAGUCCGGAUGGUCGUUUGUUAUUGUUCAGCAUCAAAACGGGGGAACUGCAUCUCUAUGACAACCAAGGAAUCUUUGUAAUGAAACUGAACAUUCAGUGCGUUUACAUUACGCCAUCGAAAAGUAUCACCGUUGUGGGGCUGUGCUGGUUUCAUGAUGCGGUAUCACCAAAUCGACCAGUUCUAGCAAUAUGUUAUGAAAAUGGAAAAAUGCAGAUCAUGAGGAACGAAAAUGAUGAAGCUCCUGUAAUUGUCGAUACCAAUAUGCAGGCCAUAUCGUGCAUGUGGAAUCAUGACGGUACGAUUAUCGCUGUUUGUGGCAUGAAAACCAACCUGAAUGACAAAGAAACGAAUCAAGUUCAGUUUUAUACACCUUAUGGUGUGCACAUUAGAUCUCUCAAAAUACCCGGCAAAGAAAUCACUUCUCUGUCGUGGGAGGGUAAAUCCCUCCGAAUAGCCUUGUCCGUCGAUUCAUUCAUAUACUUUGCGAACAUCCGUCCAGAUUAUACGUGGUGCUAUUUCAACAAAACUGUCUGCUAUUUGGAGGCUACGAAAACCGAAGAAUCUUCACUUAUUUCAUUUUGGGACACCAACUCGAAUCAGUGCUAUUCGAAGCAGGUGGAUCCUAUUAUUGCUAUGACGGCAACCACGGACCACUGCGUACUCGCCGUGGAGACCAAAAUCAGUGCGAAGGAGUUUAGUUUCAUGAAUGACAGUAAAAGCAAGGACUACAUGUAUCAGCUGCUAGUUUGUAACUCUAUCAGCACUACUGUGGAUUCGAAAUAUAUUGAUAUCAGACCUAAUUUCAUUGCAAUGAAUUCAACUCACGUAAUUGCUGCUUCUAAGGAUCAAUUCUUACUGUGGCAUUACCACACUCCGAAGGGAGCUUCAACUCUACAUGCAAAUGUCAAAGCAAAGAAAGACAAAAAGUACCACAUCGAUGAUACUCCCGCUCUGGAGGUACUCAACGAUCUCGAUUCGAGCAAAACCUAUGACAUCCCGACCAGAAGUGAUCCCAGCCAGGAUCCGAUUUGUUGCAUAACCGUUUCCGAAACAUUGCUGCUCGUUGGUCGCGAAUCUGGGCAGAUUCACGAGUAUACGCUACCGCAUUUGGUCUUACGUAAUCGGCACUACCUACAGACUCGUAGCUACAAAAUGGCCAUUAACUGCAACUCGACGCGUGCCGCGUUGAUCGAUUGCAAUGGAAUUUUGACAACGGUGGCGCUACGGGAAGAUUCGGAUGACAGCCAAGCAGUUGAAGGACGAAUCGAACGCAAAGAUGUUUGGGCCAUCUGCUGGGCACGGGACAACCCGCAGCUCUUGGCUAUUAUGGAAAAGACUCGAAUGUACAUACUGCGAGGAGCCGAUCCAGAAGAACCGAUUACCUGCUCCGGAUACAUCUGCAAUUUCGAAGAUUUGGAAAUUACUGGAGUGCUUUUGGAUGAAAUCAUCAAGGGUAACGCCAUUCCAAAUGUAAAAGAACAUAUCCUUCAACUGCGAGUAAAAUCGUUGAGAGAUACUGAAGAUCUAUUGUCUCACGUCGGAAUAUCAGAAGCAAAGCAAUUCAUCGAAGACAACUCUCAUCCACGGUUGUGGAGAUUGCUGGCUGAAGCAUCUCUGAAGAAGCUAGACUUGGAAACUGCGGAGUCUGCUUUCGUUCGUUGCAGCAACUAUCCUGGAAUACAGUUGAUCAAAAGAUUGAAAAAUAUUCAGGUUGAAGCGCUACAGAAGGCGGAAAUUUGCGCUUUCUUCGGGCAAUUUGAUGAAGCAGAAAAACUAUACAUCGACACAGACCGACGAGACUUGGCUAUAACUUUAAGACAAACACUCUGUGACUGGUUUAGAACGGUUCAACUUUACAGAAUGGGCCCAGGCAUCUCUGAUCAUCAGAUGGAACAUGCUUGGAAAGAAAUAGGCCAUCACUUCAUGAACAUGAGAGCUUGGGAAAGCGCUAAGGAGUACUAUGAGAAGGCCCACUACAUUGACGGUCUCAUGGACACUCUCUAUCAUCUGGAGCAGUACGAUGAACUUGUUGGCUGUAUGCACAAGCUUCCUGAGAAGAGUCCCCAGUUGGCCAAACUUGGGCAAAUGUUGGCAACCGUGGGAAUGUGUGAGCAAUCGGUAGCCGCUUAUCUCAAGCUGGGAGAUGUCAAGUCGGCUGUGUCGACUUGCAUAGGUCUACGUCAAUGGGGGCUGGCUGUUGAGCUUGCUCAAAAAUACAAAAUGCCUCAGAUAAGUGCCCUUUUGAGCAAGCAUGCAGCUCAUCUUUUGCAAGAAGGCAAACUUCCAGAAGCUAUCGAGCUACAGAAGAAAGCUGGCCGGUUCUUGGAUGCUGCGAGACUGCUGGUCAAAAUGGCCGAAAGCGAAGCCGAUAAAAAAUCAGAUUUCGUUAGAAUAAAACAGUUGUAUGUUUUGUCCGGAUUACUUGCCGAGGAACACAUUGAAAAACAGAUCUCAUUGACUGGAGGAAACAGAGCAUCAGUGCUAUCACAAAUGAAUCCGGAAGAUUCGGUACUGAUCGAGAAUAUCUGGCACCAUGCUGAAGCGUACCACUACAUGCUGCUGGCUCAACGACAACUCCGCUCUGGACUUCUGCACAGUGCUGUCAUAACGGCUCUACGCCUUCGAGAAUAUGAGGAUGUACUCGAUGUGGAAGCGUUGUAUUCGUUACUAGCAUUGGCAAGCUGUGCUGAUCGAUCGUUUGGAACUUGCUCGAAGGCUUUCAUCAAACUGGAAGGACUCGAGAACAUAGCGGAAGUUCGUCGACAGCAGUUUGAAGAGCUCGCCAUCAACAUAUUCUCCCGGUACGAGCCGAAAGAUGGGAAAUCCAAAAACGUAACCUGUUUUACCUGCGAAACUCCGGUAGCUGAUUGCAGCACUCUCUGUCCCAACUGUGGCAGCCAUUUUCCACCAUGUACUGCAUCGGGACAACCGCUGACUAAUCCAACCGGAGCUUGGCAGUGCACGACGUGCUACCAUGUUGCAAAUCCACUGGAAAUUACUAUUCGGAAGACCUGCCCACUGUGUCAUGCACCGGUUGCCACAAAGGGCGUUGUGGACGUUUGAGUCGCCUGUUAUAUUUUUACUCACAAAUAAAGUUUGAUUUUGCACGUUUGUUCAUAAAUGACUACAAAUGAAAGCAGAAAACAUUUCAAUUUAUUUGUUAAAAAUACACCUUGUCCUUUUUUUACGUCCAUGCUUGGCUGAGCGACAAAAAAUUCUACCGCUAAGACAAUGCGCAAACUCAACAGUUUUAUAUUUUUUAAAACAUCUUCGUGAUUAGGAGAAGUGUACAAAAAUAUAAAAAUGUGUAUUUUGAUCAUUAUUUUGUCGGUAGAAUUUUUUUUCGCUAAGCCAAUAGUGGACGUAAAUCAAGGUUUAGGUGUAUCCGCAAUCAA